GAGUGGCUAUUGCGCCGUGCGCCAUUCAUUGCAUUCGCUGCUCGCACUGUGCGUGCGUGGUUCAUCCAGGAAUUGAAACGGGAGAGCGACUUCGUUGGAGUUCCCCUCUCCUGCCGUUCAACUACAACCGGAGUCCCUUUCCUGUCACUGGAAGCGGGAGAACAAGUGCGGUCGUAUCCCAUGCCUGAAGCUAUCGCAGACAUGUUUCGCAAGCGAUUGUUGAGUGAGAGCAGUCGGCGACAGCGGCGUGUGCGGUGGUGGUGAGAGAGAGGCGAGAGCGUGCCGUGCCGCGCGAGUUGAAAGAAAGCGUUGAAGGUGGCUGGAGUGCAUCGCGCGAAUUGAUUGUCGCUCGGCUAUCACAGUACUAGAAGCUGGUUGGCCGGAGGUGGAUGUCGGACAUCGUUUACGAGUGAAGGACGCGAGGUCGAGCGCGGGCGCGGGUGAAUUUUGUGUCGCCUUCAAUCAUCUUUUUCUGGGCAGAUCGAGUGAAGUGCUUGUUUUUGCCGUGACGCGGUCGGGAAUGUGUACUCCACGAGGGAAUUCCAGAGCCUGCUCUUGCAGUGAAAACGUGAAACCCGUUUUGAGUUCGUAAUUAGUGGCCGCGCAACGAGCAUCGUCCUAUUUUCGUUGUCGGCCGAGAGGAAGGCGAGAGGCGUCGUCUUGGUCGGCAUCCCUUGUGGUUUGUGUCCUGUGCGUGGUCCAAUGCACUUUCGCCUAGCGUUCACGUCAGUAAACUACUGUCAAAGAAAGCGGUGUGCCAGUGAAAUUUGUCUUUUCGCUUUCGCAGCCAGUCACCUGCGAAUCAUAUGUGCCUCCGCAGAUGCGGAGUGAAAAGUUUCAUCUCCGAGAUUCGUUCCACUGAGUGCUGUGAAAGUGCAGUGAUUUCUGCUGUCAUUCUCGGAAGCUAUUCGAGUGGGUGAGCGGUCCGCGGCGUGGCCCAUCGGGUGUCAGCUGUGAUCUCGGGCGGUACCAGUUCCGAAAACGAACCACGAUCUGCAUAGCUGAAGCAGCAAUUCCAGAUUACGCUAUAGAAAUCUUCGAUGCUUUUCAAUCAAUGUUCAACUUUGCCAAAUUUGAUUGUAUGAACGGAAAAGUCAUGCACCAUAAGAAUGGCCCCGCAUCCAACAUAGGAAUAAUAUAGACUAUGUGUUUUGUCGAAGCGGUAGCAGAGACAAUAUCCAGGAAUUUCGCUACUCCCAGUUAGCGUCUCUAUAUUACUAACUGGAAUGUUCAUUAAAUAUUUGCUGUGAAAUGCCCGAAUCGAUGACCCGAUUGAAUUACGAAUAUUAUUGGUGAACAGUGUCAUGUUGGAGCGCCGGCCACUGUUCGGGUUGUUGAUUGCACUGACAUUAUGUGUAUCGAUAUGGAGAAUAUCAUUACAGGAGUCUUCAAUGAUAGGGCCGGAGGUCAGCUAUACAAAUCCGUUAUAUCAACAAGGCAAUUAUUAUCAUUACCGCGGUUAUCCGCAGUCGCAAGUUCAAUCGGAAAAGGACCGUCAAAGGCACGAGAAAUCUGUAUAUCAUUUCCCUCAACAGCAAAUAUUCUUAACACCCUCUUCAUGGACAUCGACAAGAGGAACUGUGUCACCUCCACAUCCAUACACAAGUGGUACCAGCAGUGGCGAGGGAAAUGUACAGUGGAAGGGACGUCGCAUUCGAAAUGGCGACAUAAAAACGCGGAGCGCAAACAACACAAUACCAUCAUUGUGGAACUUUAGUAACAGUAGUUAUCAGAAUAAUACUAAUAAGGCUCGAAAUUAUAGUUUCUCUACUAGCAGUUAUAACCUAAGUGUAGUUAGCAUACCGUCGUCGGUUAUAAAUUAUGAAACGUUGCCAAAGGAUGAUUUAAGUAGUUUAAUAGAUCUGCACGACUUCGAUUUCAUAAUGAAUCAGGUGCCCUGCAACAGUAUUCGGAAUUUACCCAAAAACGGCGGAGGAAUUAGCUUGGAGAGUUCAAAUGAUGAUUUUAUCGGGGAAGGCAGAACCUCCAGACCGUUCCUUUUAAUUUUAGUCCAUUCAGCUCCAACAAACUUUAAAAAGAGACUUCUAAUCCGAGAGACAUGGGGUUCUCUGACUGACCAGUCAACCCGUUUAAUAUUUUUACUUGGUGCUGUUAACUCAUCUCAUCUUCAGCAGUCGCUAGAAGUAGAAAACAGCAUGUUUUCAGAUAUGGUACAAGGAAACUUCAUAGACGCUUAUCGAAACAUGACCUACAAGCAUGUAAUGGCCUUAAAGUGGUUUUCAUAUUAUUGUCCCGAAGCCAAAUAUGUUCUGAAAAUUGACGACGAUGUCUUCGUUAAUACUCCGUUCCUGUUGAAGUACUUAGGAACAAAUGCAGAUCGUCAAGAUUUCCUCUUUUGCCAAAAGAUCAGCUGGGCUCGGGUUAAGCGGAGCUUUCGUUCAAAAUGGCGGGUCAGUACUCGAGAAUAUUCUGGGCGUUAUUAUCCACCCUAUUGUCCUGGAUAUUCAAUCAUUUAUUCUCCCGAUGUUGCGUUCAGGUUGUACGUCGAAGCACAAAAGACCCCGUAUUUUUGGAUAGAUGAUGUUCACGUAACUGGUACCUUAUCGCAACAAGCCAACAUUACAAUCACUUCAUUUACUUCGUUCAUACUUAAAAAAUCAGACUGUGAAGAUAUUCUGGCUGGAAAGACUGAUAUCAAUAAUUUCGUUUUCUUAUUUUCUUGGCCUGAUAUCAAAGAGAACCAAACUAGAAGCCUAUGGAACUUAAUAAGAGAUAUUAGAUAGCUGUUCAUAGUAGCCAUAAUUAUACCUAGUUUGUUAGCAUAUAGUGUAACAUUUUUUGUAGUAAAUAUGAAUGAAACGGUUAUAUUUAAAAAGAAGAACCGCGAAACCUUAUCGGCAUUCGAGUUAUUACGGGACGAGGAGCUAAUGAAAAAUAAAUAAAACUCAAUUAUAAAUGUAUAUCUAAGAUGGACACUUGCACUUUUACUGUGAAUAAGUAGACGAUUCGAUCUUCAAAAGUAAAAAUAAUUUCUUUUGUUUAUUAUAUUUCAAGAAAGAUAUAAAUGUGUUUAGGAGUAAUUUUUUAAGAAAAAGCUAAAUACGCAUAAGUAUUGUUUACAUACAUAUAAAUAUCAUCUUUAAAAAUGUUUAGCAAUAAGCGUUACCAAAUAAAUAACUUUAAAUUUAAAUAACUUCAUAGCAAAAGAAAACAAAACAUAAACUCACACAUUAAAAGUAAGAAAUGACUGUGAAUUUUUUGAUUUUUGAAUUUUUACGAAAUCAUAAACUUGUUUACUAUGAA